AGUAUAAAUAGGAGGUGCAAGCAGGGGAGGAAUAUUUGUGGAGAAGAGGCACAGCUGGAGGGACCAAGACUGAGUGACUUUCACCAGAUACUGAGUACACCCACCAUCCCGAGCCAUGUGGGCAGGGCUCGGCCCUCUCCUGGCUCUCUGCCUGCUCCCAUGGGGAGCGACGGAGAGUGAGGACGAGGGGAGCCGCUGCAAGCCGGCCCCACCCUGGACUGUUGGAGGGGUGGAGCCGAUGAAGGCCGCCUUGGGGACGGUCACUGUGGUGGGCCUUCUUAAAGCAAGCUGAUAUUACUGUUUGGUGCAGGCAUCCAGAAUGGAUGAUCUGCGCCAGAAGCUGGAGCAACAGGGCUUCGACAACAUCACCUACAUGGUCGUAAACAGCCAGGAACUGGUAGCACGGCUCUUCCAUCACCACCUCAGGCAGAAAAUGUCUGAAAACAUCACCUUGUACGUGCAGGACCCGAAGCAGGAUGACAUUUGGCAAAUUCUGUCAGGAGAUAAGGAUGAUUUCCUGGUGUAUGACAGGUGUGGCCUUCUCACUUACCAAAUCUCCAUGCCGUUCUCAAAACUCUCCAUGCCAUAUGUGGAAAAUGCCAUCAGAAAAACAUACUGCAAGAACAUCUGUGCAAACUGUUUAUUAGAGCACCCAGGGACAACGGAGAUAUGCAACAAGUCAGUGGAAUCAACGACUGAGGAGAAAACAGAGGAGAUUGUGGUUUCAGAAGUGGACCACAGCAGGCUUCCUUCACAUCAUCAUGUGCACAGUCAUGCUCAUGGUCACAAUCGCGAUCAUUUUCAUGGUCACAGUCACCAUCACAGUCAUGGUCAUAAUCAACAUCAUCAUGUUCAACAUGAAAGCCUGGAGCAACACAACCACAGGCACCAACAUGACCAUACAGACAACAUAGCUCAGGAAGGAGCAAUAAAUCUCCCACCACAGCUGAUCCUGCAUGGUCAACAGGAGGUGCUAGACCAUCCUAUUCACCCACGAAGGGAUCCCUGAAAAACGGAGCAGUCCAGGUGAAAAGUUCAGUACAGCUGACAGCGGCAGGCAGAGACCCCCAGCUUGAACUCGCUGUCCAGCUGAUGCUGACACUGACGUCAACUGUUUGGCAGCGAAGGGGGCAAUGGGCCAGCUGCUCUCUGACACUGUGAGGAAGAGCUACCCUCUUCCUGACAGUGACAUGGCUUAAUGGGCGGCACCCAUGCAGUUAGGGAAACCUGACAGUGACGCACGCCCCUUGCUGCCUGACAGCAGCACCAGCCCACCUGAGUAUGACCCCAAGGCAUCAACACCUGAGCGUGACAGGGGCAGUAAGCAGGGUCUCCACUCUGCUAUACUGUUUUCUCGAACCCUUCUGGUGAUGAUCGCAUUACAGUCUUGGAGCACAACCACCCUUUGCUCCCCCUGGGGCUCAGUGUAAAAUAUCCAUCUUACCAACUAGUAUUAAUCCAGGAGUAAAAGGCACCCCCUCUAUAGGGAAUGGAACCAUUUUAGCUGUAAUCACUAGUGGUUAAACUAUAUCAAGCAACAGGGUAUCUACACUUUGAUGCAUUUAUUAUUUCUUAAAACUGUCAGAGCAAACUGGAACCAUGCUCAAGAAAUGCAGUAUAUAUUUCAAGUAUAUAGUAAAUUUUGGUAAAAGAUUGCAGUGAAAAAGAUGGCAUUGUUCCUUCCCUGGUGGCACGGAGGUGCCUUUCCCUUGGACAUGUAGUCAGAUAUGUCAGUGCACUUCCCUUCACGGACACUGGUGUUGCCUAAAUGAAGUCAGGUGCAGAAACUAUGCUCUAGUGGUGCCUGUUGGAUGCCGGGCAACUCUGGAUGGGAGGGGAAAGUUCUGAUCAUGCUGAUCUCCAACACCCAUCUCUGAUAACGCCUCAUACAACUCACUCCUUAGAAAAUCCGAAAUUCUCGAACAAAACUACUAGAGUGAGGUCAAAUCUGAUUUGUAAGGAAAUGAACAAAAGCAGAAGUAAUGACACAAAGUGAUGAUUCUAAUUCAAAGGCCCUCUAGUUUGUGCUGAGGUAAGGCUUUUAAUUUCAGUCUCCUUCCAACAUUACUCUGUGAUUUCAUCUUCUUUCUGUAUGGAAAAAGAACUUAAUUUUUGCGUGUUAGAAUUCACCUGUGGCCAGAUUCAUUGCAUACAGGUAGCAAAGACAUUACUCUAAACAAAAUGUCAAUUUUGGUGUUUUAGAUCUUUUCUUAGUGUCACAUCUUGCAAAACAUUUUUCUUAUGUUAGACUGAGCCUGUUGCUUUUUAAGCCAAUGCUGUUAGGUGCUCUAGUUACAAAUAUCAGUAAGAAAUGCUUCUCUCUUUUUUAAUCAUACCUGAUAUAUAUUUUGGAAAUAAAAAAAAAAAUGCAAUGUGUACGUUCAUUUUUAAAUGUAACAAAAGGGGAAUCAGCAGUAAGACUGUAAAAGUAUGAGAGUUCAGAGACCAUGUUUGAAACAUUACGUGUACUUAAUGAAGGUGUUGGGGAAAAUAAUAACCCCACGUAACCUGAAAAUCUGUAUAUAAAAUGUAAGAAAUGGUAAAUUGCUCAAAAGCUUAUGAGAGCUUAUGAGUAUGGAAUAGGGAGAAUGUUCAAUAAAGAUGGACGAGACAUUGUGGAAAAUUUUUU